AUGCGCAUCCAGUCCCUCCUCGUCUUCCUUACGGCCGUGCUCCUCUCGUCAUCGACGCCAACAGCCGGCAAUGACGACGACGGCGUGACGGCGGAGGUGAACUUGCUAUGCUACAGCUGCCGAGGGGAUUGUGGCCGUGUUGGCGGGAGGAUUCUCGGGCCCAGGUGUAACCUGCGGUACGAGAAAGAACUGAUCUUCAGGGAGAACUAUGGCACACUCCAAAUUGAUUUGCCCAAAGGUAAAAUAUUGAGCACAGUGGCUAUCGCAUUAAUUACUGGGUCCAUUGUUUUCAUUCUCUGCCUAGUUCUGACUGGAGGUGUCAUACAAAGAAUAAGAGGUGGCAAGCUACAGAGAGAACUAGGUGACUGGCACAACGAAGUCACACGAACAAUUGUGUCCAGGUUUUCACUUUGUCAAUCCCCCAUAUUUAGAGUUACCAAAGCCAAUUUCCAAGAAGAUAACAGACUUGGACACGGCUCUUUUAGUCUUGUUUCCCGACCCACCCUCCUCCUGGUCAUCGUCACGGCGCUGCCCCUCUCAACCACGGCAGUAGCAUCUGAAUGCGACAGGCUCGAGGAAAUGACGACGAGGGUGAACCCGCUGUACUACGACUGCGGCUGUUCGAAGUACAAUCGCAGCGACAGCUACCACAACGACCUCGGGAUUCUUGCCGGCAAGCUCAGGUCAAAUAUCAGCGCUUCGGACAGCAACUUCUUCGCCUUCGCCAAUGUCGGCUCAGUUUACGGCUUCGUGCUUUGCCGCGGGGACUACAAGGGCCCCCAGUGCGCCAACAGCCUCAACCAGACCAUCCAGGACGCCGUCUUAAAUCCAUUCAUCUGCCCAUUCUACAAGGACGUCACCAUCUACUCCGACCAGCACAUGCUCAGCUUCUCCGGCGACCAGUACCUGAUCUACAAGGACGACAGGCCAGCAUGGGUCGCCUCCAACAUGAACUACGUGAAGAACGGCACCGCCACUAGUGAUGGCGUGUCUUACGGCGAACGCGUCGAGGAGCUGCUCAACGGGACCGCCGACUACGCGGCGUUCAACUCGUCGGACCUGUACGCGACGGGGGAGUCCUGGUUCGGAGAAGGAGGGGUGAGCAUGGUGUACGGGCUGGUGCAGUGUAGGCCUGACCUCAAGAGGGAGCUUUGCCGUCAGUGCCUCGCCGAGCUCAUCUCGAGUAUACCCAAGCAGUUUACUACUAAUAGUGGAGAUCACCGUGUGGGCGGGAGGAUUCUUGGCGUUCGAUGUAACCUGCGGUUUGAGAAAGAUCUCUUCUUCAAGGAGACCAACGAAACCAGCAAGCUCCACAUGCCUAAAAGUCGACUAAGCAAAGUGAAUAUCACAUUAAUUACCAUUGCUGGGUUCGUUAUUUUAGUUCUUUGCCUAAACCUGAUUGGAGGGAUCAUACAAAGAAUAAGAGAUCGCAAAUUACAGAGAGAGUUAGGUGACUGGCACAAUGAAGUCACACGAGAAAUUGACUCGAGGUUUUCACUUUACCAUUUCCCCGUAGUAAGAGAUGCAACAGGAAAUUUCUCCGAAGAAAAUAAACUUGGGCGUGGCUCUUUUGGUUUUGUUUACCGAGGCAUAUUACCCGAUGGAGUUGAGAUUGCUGUUAAAAGGCUUGACGCAUCUUCUUGGCAAGGUUCGAGUGAGUUUCUAAAUGAAAUCAAGCUUAUUGUCAAGCUUCAACACGCCAAUCUGGUUAGACUUCUUGGUUGCUGUCUUCAGCACAGUGAAAUGAUACUUGUCUAUGAAUACAUGCCAAACAGAAGCUUGGACUAUGUCUUCUCAGAUCCUGCAAGCAGGGACUCACUAAAUUGGUCAAAUCGUCUGCGUGUAAUUGACGGGAUAGCACAAGGACUUGUUUAUCUUCAUAAUUUUUCAGAGCCACAAAAAUUUAUUAUUCACAGAGACAUGAAGCUAAGCAACAUUCUCUUGGACAGUGAAAUGAAUCCCAAAAUUUCAGACUUUGGGAUCGCAAGGAUAUAUGAUUUAGGACCAGUGGAACCUGAACCGACAGAUGUAGUAGGAACACGUGGUUACAUGGCACCUGAGUACAUGCGGGAGCGGAUGUUAUCUGUAAAAUAUGAUGUUUUUAGCUUUGGUGUUUUGCUUCUUGAGAUCAUAAGUGGCAGGAGGGUGAAUGCCGCAGUAUUCACUGAAUAUGGAAGAUCAGAUCAUCUGCUGACUCAUGCUUGGUAUAUUUGGCACUAUGAGAGGUACAAUCAGCUUGUGGACCCUUCUUUGCGUGGAGUAUAUCAAAUGCUGGAACUAAGGAGGCGCAUUCAGAUUGCUCUGCUUUGCGUCCAAGAAAAUCCAGACCAUCGGCCUCAUAUGCGGGAGGUGACCACCAUGCUGAGCAACAACGAUGUGAGCCUGCCUGUCCCUCAACCUCCAGCCUACUUCAACGUGCAGCUUGGGGAUGCCGAAGCAUCAGCAUCAAACAACAGCACGGUGUUUUACACCACACGGUCCCAGCAAGGCGCAAUAGAAUUAUUCAGAUGAACUACAUGGAUUCGAGUGUAUUUGCUUGCCUUCGAAAAGCUAAAUAAGAUCUGCCCGAUCCAUGCACAUCGAGGCAAUUGUGAGAAGGCGAAUACUUUUUUUUCCCCCCAAACGCUCGGCGAGAGACUUGCCUAGUAUUUUAUUAGAAGAGGACAACAGCAACGUGCAUAUCAGCAUACUAAUCAUGUGGUCUUUUCAUGUCUUGGUCUGUUCAGUUAAUUAUUGUGCUUU